CCCUCGGGUGCAACUCUAUCACGGUGCCUCAUCACAACUUGUAUCGUUUCAACACUGGCCAUUUCCCCAGCACUCAGCUUGUUAGAAUGGCCAGCAGAAAGAAAUACUUGGUUCUAGGAUUUCUUGCAUUUUUGUGGGCUGAAUGGGGCACUGAAGGCCAAGAAGAGGAGGAACAGACCUGCAGGUUGCUGGGCAAGUUUGACUUGAAUGGGUAUGUAGACGCCCAAAACCACUCAGUGAUCAUUGGAGGCCUGUUUCCUAUUCACUCCAGGACCAUCCCAGCAAACGAGUCUAUUUUGGAGCCAGUAUCAGCAAAGUGUGAAGGGUUUAACUUCCGCGGAUUCCGCUGGAUGAAAACCAUGAUACACACAAUCAAAGAGAUUAAUAAAAGAAAGGACAUUUUGCCCAAUUCUACUCUGGGUUAUCAGAUCUUUGACACCUGUUUCAGCAUCUCCAAAGCAACGGAAUCGGCAUUGGUACUACUCACAGGGCAGGAAGAAAACAGGCCCAAUUUUCUAAACAGUACUGGGGCGUACUUGGCAGGAAUUGUUGGAUCAGGUGGAUCGUCCUUAUCAGUGGCUGUUUCAAGAAUUCCGGGUGUAUUACUAGGUCAAGUGGGCUAUGCCUCUACCUGCACAGUUCUUAGUGACAAACACCAGUUUCCAUCUUACAUUCGCACCAUAGCCAGUGAUAAGUUCCAGUCUGAGGCCAUGGUAAAACUUAUCCAGCACUUUGGCUGGGUCUGGAUAGGCACUAUAGCAGCUGAUGAUGAUUAUGGAAAAUAUGGAGUGAAGAUUUUUAAGGAGAAAUUGGAGAGUGUCAACCUCUGCAUUGCAUUCUCCGAGAUCCUGCCCAAAGUCUAUUCCAAGGAGAAAAUGCACAAAGUUGUUGACGCUGUAAGGACCUCCACUGCGAAAGUCAUUGUGCUUUAUACAUCUGACAUUGACCUCAGUCCUUUUGUGCUGGAAAUGGUUUACCAUAACAUAACUGACAGGACAUGGAUAGCAAGUGAAGCGUGGAUUACCUCAGCCUCCAUUGCAAAACCCGAAUAUUUCCCAUAUUUUGGUGGGAGUAUUGGGUUUGCAGUACCAAGAAGUGAUAUACCAGGAUUAAAGGAAUUUCUUUACAACAUACAUCCCAGUAGGGAUCCGAAUGACGUCCUGACCAUUGAAUUCUGGCAAACAGCUGUUAACUGCACCUGGCCCAAUAGCAGUGUCCCGUACAAUACUGACCACAGGGUGAACAUGACCGGUAAGGAAGACCAAUUACAUGCCAUGUCUGAUAGAUUCUGUACCGGAGAGGAGAAGUUGGAGGAUCUUAAAAAUACCUAUCUGGAUGUGUCUCAGCUCCGAAUUACAAACAGUGUCAGACAAGCUGUGUACGCGAGCUAUGCCCUGGAUCAUAUGAAUAGAUGUAAAGCGGGACAGGGUCCAUUCUUUCCAGGACUGGUGUGUGCAAAUAUAGCUAACUUUGAGCCUUGGCAGCUCAUGUUCUAUAUACAGAGAGUUAAGUUUACAACCCACGAUGGACGGAAAAUUCAUGUUGAUAGAAAUGGAGACGUGACUGGAUACUAUGAUCUUCUAAAUUGGCAAUUAGAUGAUAAUGGAGAUAUUGCCUUCGUGAAGGUUGGAGAAUACAUAUUCACACAGUCUAAGUUUGAAUUCAUGAUCAGAAAGAAUUCAACAAUAUUUUGGAAUACUGAAUCCUCAAAGGUUGGAACCUGUAGUACAUUAUUGCCUUUAUCUUCUUACAGAACUGUCCCAAAAUAUUGA